AUGGAUAGACCUUCGGAAUCAGAUGCUUACCCUUUGCACACAGCCGCUCGCCUGACACAAACUCAAGUACUCGAAUCUCUCCUAUCAACGAGUCCUAAGCUAACCCUCAAAGCCGAUGAAGAUGGACGUCUACCUCUACAUUGGGCCUGCACAACAGCCUCUUUACCAACCAUAACCGCUAUACUUGAUGCUACUCCGAAACGUGGCUUCGACCCUGAUGUCCAAGACAGUUCUGGCUGGACUCCUCUCAUGAUCGCCUCAAGUCUACGUGACGACGCUGGCUUGCCUACGAUAAACCUACUUCUUGCACGGGAUGCGGAGGUGAAGAUUGCAAGCAAUACAGGUGGCACCGCCCUACAUUUCGCGACAAGCAAACAGAACAUAGAUACUGUGAAGAGAUUGUUGGAUGCUGGCGCGACGGCACGAGUCAAAGACAAGAGAGGCCAACUACCUUUACAUCGCGCUGCUGCUGUAGGGAAUGUACCGCUUGUCAAGCUGUUACUUGAGAGAGGAAAAAGUCCAGUGGAUGCGACAGAUGUUGACGGCUUGACAGCACUGCACCAUGCAAUCAGCGAGGGUCACGGCGUUGUUGCGGUGGAAUUGCUAAAACACGGCGCCGAUUCCAGCAAAAAAGACGGAGACGAUCGUUUGGCUAUUGACUGUGCACCUGAUGCCACAGUCAGGUCCUAUAUACUGCGUCAUGCAGAGAUGGAGGGCAUCGAUGUGAUUGAGAGUUGA